AUGCCUCCAACACAAAUCCAAUCUAAUUCAGUAAUAAAUUCACACAAUAUUAAUAACAAUCAUCAAGUUGACUUUCCUGUUGACUCCAUUAUAAGCGAACCUAAACUCUAUGUAAGUGACUUACAAUUUAGUAUCACUGAAAAUGAACUUCGUGACUUAUUUGAGGACAUUCAACCCACAAGUAAAUUGGACGCAUAUAAUACUUAUUUAAGCCUACAUAUUAAUGACCCAACCUCUGGAAUUUAUGACCUACAAACACAAACAAAUGCCCUUAUUUUACAUGUCAGACAAUUAAGUACAACCAACACGAAUAUUAGCUUGUUCAAUAUAUUUAGACCUUAUGGGCCUUUGUUUUCCGUUAGGAUGCAAGUCCAAGAUAACAAAUUUAAAGGUUCUGCUUUCGUACAAUAUUUUAGAAAAGAAGAUGCCGAUAAAGCUGUUGCUAAUCUGAAAGCAUUUGCUAUUUAUAAUCAUAGUAAAUUGGACGCAUAUAAUACUUAUUUAAGCCUACAUAUUAAUGACCCAACCUCUGGAAUUUAUGACCUACAAACACAAACAAAUGCCCUUAUUUUACAUGUCAGACAAUUAAGUACAACCAACACGAAUAUUAGCUUGUUCAAUAUAUUUAGACCUUAUGGGCCUUUGUUUUCCGUUAGGAUGCAAGUCCAAGAUAACAAAUUUAAAGGUUCUGCUUUCGUACAAUAUUUUAGAAAAGAAGAUGCCGAUAAAGCUGUUGCUAAUCUGAAUUCUAAGGAUAAUAAAGCAAUGAUUGUUCAAUAUCAUCGUCAUAAUAACAAUAAAGCUCCAAAUCGUCCUAUCGUAGAUCCAUGUAAUUUAUUCAUUAAAAACCUCGACUCGAAUAUUUCCAGUAGUGAUCUUUUUAGCCAAUUUCGUAGAUUUGGUAAAAUUAUUAGUGCUCGUGUAAUGCGAGACCAAGAAACCGGCAAUUCUAAAGGAUUUGGUUUUGUUAGUUAUUCCAGUUCUGAAGAAGCUGACAAAGCUAAACAAUCUAUGCACGGUAAAACUCUUGGUGCUAAACCAAUUGUUGUAAGACUUCACGAACCUAAAAAAUUACGUGAGGCUAAAUUGGCAAAUCAAUUCAGCCCUAACACCGGUGGUAGUGCCCGUAAAGAAGUUUUAAUGUCUGAAUUGCAAAAACGAUUUAAAAAUAUUCCAAGUGUUCCUCAUGAUGAAGUUAAUUAUAUAAUUGAAUAUCUAUUAAAUUUGAAAACUCCUGAAGUUUUGCAUAUUUUGAAAGACGCUACUGCUUUACAAUAUAGGGCUAUUUUGAAAAUUUGCCCAGGAAACGUUGACGAGAUCCUUGAGUUGAUAUUGACUUUGAGUACUAAGGAGAGAAGAUCGUGUUACUUUAAUGCUGAAUAUUUGAAUAAAAGAAUCCAUGAAGCAAUCCAAGCAUUGGAAGUUGUUACCAACGAUGAUAAUUUAUCAUGUUCCCCUAAAUCAGCUGCACCAUCAACUGAAAUUACUCCAAUUUCCACUCCUCCGUUUAUUAAAUCAACUGAAUCCUUAAAUCUUACCAAUAAAACUACUUAUAAUGUGAAGACCAUCAAUCCAAUUACGUCAACUACCACCACCUCUCCCACCUCUUCUUCUACUCGUAAUAGCGAAUGGGAUGAAAUUCAACAAUUUAUGGAUAGCAUUAAAUUUAAACCUGUUCAUGAAAGAAAACAAAAAUUGGGUGACCGUUUAUUCCGUAAAGUUAAGAGCCUUGGACUCAAAAGUGCUAUGGCUAGCAAGGUUACAAUUAAUCUUUUAGACACUGACGACUUGUAUGAAUUGGCUCAUUCCAUGAAUGAUAAUGAUAAGUUUAGAGAAAAAGUCGCUGCUGCUGAAAGAGCUGUAAACGCAAAAUAA